CUUUCGGUCACCACCAUCAGGAACUCUUAAGCUACAAUAAUCCCAUAAACCUUGAUUACCAAGAACGAUAACAAGCACUCGCGAUCUUUAUAAAUUGAAAGACAGUGGCCUGGCUGGUUGUCUCUCCUCGUGCUGGCACUCAAAGAUCUGCUGAUUUUGCCCAGUUAAAGUUCUCAGUAGAACAGCAUGGGAAGACUACAAAUGGCUGUGGGGUUUUCCCUGAUCGUUUUGGCGACAAUUUGUAAACAGACAUGUGCAGUUCUUCCCCACGUGGACCAGUACACACCGCAGGUUGUAAAGCCCUUGUUUGAUCAGAUGCGCCAGUAUGGAUUAAUCGAGAAAAACAAAAGCCCCCAAGGUAAAAGAUGGAAGCAGUAUUUAGUUGUUUUGAUAGCUUCUCAUAGCGAAAUUAUAAAUACCCAAACCGUAGAUUUCGGCACCGACAACUGGAUGAAACAGUUUCAGACUGGCUAUCAGGGCCGAGUAGCCUUGUUGUUAAAUCAGCAAGAUGCUGCAAUAGCGGAGAUGCUAAGCUCACAUAAAAAACAUCUUGUACACGGAGAAGUACGAUUUAUCUUCGACAACAGCAUUUCUAACAACAUGCUUAAUACGUUCAGAGAGAAACAUGACAGAGAAAAUCCAAUCAUACUGAUGUACUCUCACUACAUCCCCUGCGCGGAGAUUGAGGGUAUGAAAUAUUCCUGUUCAGAGGAGGUAGCAGUGUGCGCCACCUACCGCUGGUUGGACUUUGGAGUAAUUGUUGCUUUCUCAUCAUGUUUUCAGGAUACUGCUAGUGACAAGACUAGGGGAACUAAUGAAAAGGCUGCUAGUGAGUUUCUUAGGCUUGGUGGCAUUCCAACUUUUGAAUACACGUGUGAUGGCAUCAGGCUUAAAAAUGGAGUGAGUGAUGCUAGCAAUAUAAACAGAUGGCAUUCGGUGACUUUCUUGGAAAACUUCUUUGUCUGUAUCGACGGCUGGGUUAAAAAAAGCUGUCUACCAGACAGGCCCGAGGACAGAAAAUCCAUCAUUGCCCUCUUUGUCAACCAAAUUGCCUUCGAUUGCUUUCGAACCAUGAAUUUUCUGUGGAGAAAGAAAGAGAAAGCCACUAUAACAGGAUGCUUAAUUGACCGUAUUGAGAACAGGAUUGGCCCAGACUGCAACCAAUGUAAAGGCGAUUGCAUGGCGGCAAAGAAAACAUUCAUCAAAACCUGUGUUGAUAGCUCCUUUGACAAUUCUCUAGUACCUGGAGAACCAGCAGAUCCUUCCAAUUAUUUUAACUAUGCUUGGAUGAACACGGAGGAUGACAGGCUUAAUAAAAUCUUUUCAGAUGACCCUGAGAACAGACCGCGGGACGUCCAUCGGAAAGUCUUCUGUCAAAACCCAACAUUAACGCUGGAGUCACUGUGCACGUGCAGCUCUCGCUCAUCACCACAGGGUAGGACCACUACUUCAUCCCCAAGAAGGUGGUGGCAUUACUGUUGCAGUUGCUUUAGGGGAUAAUAUUAAAGGCACCGAAACAUCCGCCAGUCAGUAGCUACACAGGAGCCUUUCUUUGAGAACCUGACAUAAAAGAAAGCAAGCAGAGCUCUGGCGUGAAAUUAAUUAGUACUGCAGGUACAUCUUGAAACUACAGUGUCCUGGCCUACUACCGACUCCUGUGACCAAGCCAGCGAAAAGAACAACACAUACAUACACAUGGAGGAAACCUUAGUAUGCGGAGAAAACCACCGACGGUCACCCCUGUAAGCAAGUAUGAUAUCCAGAAAGAAGUAAUUCGGAGCGAAGGUUCGAACCCAGGACACUCGAUUCACUUCAGGGGUGACAGGCGCUUUAGCCACCGAUGUGUCCCAAGCAUUUUUUUAAUAUCUUCCAAUGACAUAUUCGUCUCCGAUUUUCCUAAUAUUUCAUGCUCUUUUGAUUUUGUUUGAUUACAUUUUAUUGCAUGUACUUCUAAUGUUUUAGAGCUGCCUUGCCUUUAUAUAUUAUUUAUAUUUAUAUAUUACACAUAAUACAUAUAUAUAUAUCAUCCUGAUCACAAAGCAAAUAAAAUAUUUCGUCGUCAGCCUGGAAACGAUGGUUUUACCUUUUUGUAGCAUAAUGAGGACAAAGUGUUUAAUGGAAUAUGAGGAAUAUGAAACUAUACAUGAUAAUUUCAUUGUUAUAUAAUAUUAUUGGUUAUCAUAGCACAUACAGUUGAUGUGUAACUAUAUAUAUAUAUCAAGUAGUUAAUUAUUUGCUUUAGCCUGUCAGUUUUCUUGCUGUAUGUGACUUACUCAAGUAUUGUUGUGUUUGACAAACACAAGGACUUAUUAAGAAGAGAAAAAGUUCGCAAGCUUCAGACCGUUGCUGUGUCGGUUCUCAGGUUACUGCUACGGUUUUCCGUUUUCAUUUCCUUGAAUGUUCCAGAUCUUUAAAAAAUCCAGAUAACAUCUAUCUAAUUCAUAGUUUGUGUAUUUUCAGAGAAUUGUUAGAAAAUACAUUAUCAUCAUAUAUUAUAAAUUAUUUCGUGUAAUUUGUAGAAUUAGAAAUCAAGAAAUAUUCUACUGAAUGUAAAUUACGUGAAAUACAGAGUUCAUUAAAGCUUUUCCUAACACUGA